CUUUGAUACAUUUUUACUUUACUAUUUUCUAAUGAGAGCUUUAUUUCUAUCAGUUUUUAAACAUUUUAAAUUUUAAUAUAAUUUACUGAAAAUUUUUAAGCUAUCAUACAUUAUCUACUCAUGUAUUCACUGUUAAUAAUACUUUUUAUUAUAUUAUUUUUAAUUGUAUAGUAAUAAAAAAUUAUAAUUUGCUUAAAUUGAAGAAAUGGCAAACAAAGAGUCGACUGGUAUGUGUUAUCCAAUGUCUGUUACGGCAUCUUAUGAUGACUUGAUUCGUGGCAUAAAUGCCGUCAUCGAUACAAAAGAUACAGAGAAUGUCAUUCGAGAAUUACUCGAAAAGUGGAAUUCAUGUCAAUUCGAAAAUCUUCGGCUUAAAGAAAAAUUGUCUGAAUUUCAGAAGAAUAAUAAGGCUUUGGAGUCAAAGAUAGACUCUUUGCGUAAAUCGUUAGCAAACAAAAUAAUUGCAGAUAAUUCUGAAAAAAAUAAAAAUGUUAAACUUUUAGACACAAUUACUGAAGAAAUAUCAGGUCAAACAUCUGAAAUGUCAUCUGAAACGACAUCGACUUCUUCAUCAAACAAGUCAUCGCCAGUCAAACGAAAUCGUAGUUUUAGUGAUCCGACACCGAAACCGAAUAAUGACACCAAAAGUGAAGAAAAAGAUAAACAAAAACGAAUGACAACUUUCGCGUCACUAAAAUCAGUAAAAGUCAAAGUAUUUAACAUAAUUCAGUCGACACCAAAACUGCGCUCUUCUGGCAAUUUAUUAUCGGAACCGAUAUCUCAAAACCAACGAAUUGGUGUUUUGCUUCAACAGGUUUAUGAAGACCGCAAACAUAAGUUUGUAACAAAAACAGCAAUAUUUUACAAGAAAUGUGGUGUUUGUAAUAAAAAGAUAGACCUGUUAUCCAAAUGUUAUGCGUGCGAUAUGUGUUUCGGUUUAUGUCAUGGAGAAUGCAAAGACAAACUACCGGUGCCGUGCAUACCAUUCAAGAAACACAAAAAUUCAGUCGGAGAUCGGUUUGGUCUUAUGAUUGAAGAUUUUGCUCCAGAAUGUCCACAAUUUAGACCCAGAGUGCCGGCAAUUAUAGUACAUAUCUGUAGAGAAGUAGAGAAGCGCGGAUUGACUGUCGAAGGUAUCUAUCGAAGAAAUGCUUCCAAUGAAGACAAUGUAUUAGAAUUGAAAAAAAGAUUAGUAAAACCUAAAGAAGGAGCCGUUUCAUUAGAUCAAUACAAUAUACAUGUAUUGACUAAUGUAUUGAAAAGAUUUUUAAUGGAAAUGUCUGAACCAUUGAUAACACAUGUAUUGUGGAGAGAUUUUUCACGAGUGUGUGAUCCGGACAAUUCAAAUGAAUUUUGUGAUUUGAUUAUAUCGAUUAUGGAUGAAAUGCCGGUCUCUAACUGUGAUAGUCUUGCUUUUCUUAUGAUUCAUUUGAAAAAAAUAAUAAAACAUUCGGAUGUAAAUAAUAUGACUGAAAAGGAUAUAAUAAAAUUGUUUAGUCCAUCAAUAGUCGGAUAUUCAUCGGAUAACCCAAAUGUUAGAGAGGAGUUCGAGAGUCAGAAACGAAUAAUGACGGCAUUACUUAAUGUUGAUGACUAUAUUUACCACCAGUUCCUCAUCGAAGUUGAAAAAUCUUAUAAAUUGGAAAUGGAGUCACCGACCAGCAUCCGACGUCAAACAGGCCGAAGACGUACAAAUAUAAGUAUAACUACCGGUCCAUUGCCUAAAAAUGCCAACUCAUUAUAUCCAAUGUUUUAAUUUUAUUUAUUUUUUAUUUGUUUUAAUCUUUUGC